AUGGAAGUUUAUGUAUCCUUAGCCUUGCAAAAUUUGUCACCAGCAUCAGUCCUGUGUCAAAUUUUUUGUAACUUACCAAGCUGUCCUCCAUUAGAUAAUUCUUGUUUACUCAAUGCAUCAUCUCUUUGGAUUUUCUUAAUCGAAGAGGUGAAGAUAGUUGGUUCAUUGAGCAAACAUGUUCUUCCUCCUGGUCUUGGGCCUGGUGUAGACGCAAUUGGGGCUCCACCACUGAGUGUAGUAGUAGUGUCGCCGCAGCAGCAGAGAGUGAGCCAUGGUUCAUCUUCUGUUGGUCCUGUUGUUGGUGUCUUAGUUGCUAUUCUCAUCUUAGGAGCAAUGGCAGUAAUGGUGGGUCGGUUGUGCUCAGGUAAGAGAAUCAUGGGCUAUGGAAAUUUUGACUUGGAGACAUGGGCUGAAACCAAGUGCUCUUCCUGUAUUGAUGGUAGAAUCCAAGUUAAUACCCCUUUGCCCAAACCCAACGAUUCUGCUGUUGCUGCUGCUGCUGCCUCCCAAUGAAGAUGAAACUACUUAUUUGAUUGAGAAUAUUUUAUGGGGUUUGGCUUGUAUUUCUGGAUAUUAUUUUGGUUGUGGAUCUUUUGUGUUUUUUACUCUUUUCAGUAGCCAAAAAUGUGAUAUGGGUUUACUUUUGUCUUUUUUGGAUGAUGAAAUUUCAUUCCUUUUUGUUUA